CACGUAGUACAAAGAAGUGGGUGUUGCUUUCGUCAUUUGAUAGUUCGCACUUGUAUCAGUAGGUUGGUACUGUUACUGUAAGUUUCGGAGGCUGAUACAAAUUAGUAUCACAUAUUUUUAUUCGUAGCAAGAGUCAUGCGUUGGUUGUAGUUAAAAUAAAAGGAAACACCCUCUGUCAAGAUGAUAGGGGGUUUAUUCGUGUAUAACCAUAAGGGGGAGGUACUCAUUUCCAGAGUGUACAGAGAUGACAUUGGACGGAAUGCUGUUGAUGCAUUUCGUGUCAAUGUUAUCCAUGCCAGGCAGCAAGUACGCUCACCUGUCACCAACAUUGCAAGAACAUCAUUUUUCCACAUAAAGCGUGCUAAUAUUUGGUUGGCUGCUGUUACCAAGCAAAAUGUCAAUGCAGCAAUGGUAUUUGAAUUCUUAUUAAAGAUUAUUGAUGUUAUGCAAUCAUAUUUUGGAAAGAUUUCAGAGGAAAAUAUCAAGAACAACUUUGUUUUAAUUUAUGAAUUGUUGGAUGAAAUUUUGGAUUUUGGAUAUCCUCAGAAUUGUGACACAGGGGUAUUGAAAACAUUUAUCACUCAACAAGGAGUAAAGUCAGCAACAAAAGAAGAACAGGCUCAAAUAACUUCGCAAGUAACUGGUCAGAUUGGAUGGAGAAGGGAAGGUAUCAAGUAUAGACGCAAUGAAUUAUUCCUGGAUGUACUGGAAUAUGUAAAUCUUUUGAUGAGCCCUCAGGGUCAAGUGCUUAGUGCACAUGUUGCUGGCAAGGUUGUUAUGAAAUCUUAUUUGUCUGGAAUGCCAGAAUGUAAGUUUGGGAUCAAUGAUAAAAUUGUAAUGGAAGCCAAAGGUAUGAAAGGUGGAAGUGGUUUAGGAGGAGGGGGAGAUGAUCCUACUGGUGCUAGAUCUGGAAAACCUGUUGUUGUAAUUGAUGACUGCCAAUUCCAUCAGUGUGUUAAACUUAGCAAAUUUGAGACAGAGCAUGCUAUUAGUUUUAUACCACCUGAUGGAGAAUUUGAACUGAUGAGAUAUCGUACAACUAAGGAUAUAUCUUUGCCAUUCCGUGUUAUUCCGUUAGUACGUGAAGUAGGUCGUACAAAGAUGGAAGUAAAAGCAGUACUAAAAUCGAGUUUUAAGCCUUCUUUGCUAGGGCAAAAGAUAGAAGUACGAAUACCUACACCUCUGAAUACUGCAGGUGUGCAGUUGAUUACCAUGAAAGGAAAAGCAAAAUACAAAGCAUCUGAAAAUGCGAUUGUAUGGAAAAUCAAACGAAUGGCUGGUAUGAAAGAACUUCAAUUAUCAGCUGAAAUUGAUUUGCUCGAAACGGAUACGAAGAAAAAGUGGACACGACCGCCGAUAUCGAUGAAUUUCGAAGUUCCGUUCGCGCCAUCUGGAUUCAAAGUGCGCUACCUGAAGGUGUUUGAAUCCAAGUUAAACUAUUCUGACCAUGAUGUUAUAAAAUGGGUGAGAUACAUAGGUAGAAGUGGUUUAUAUGAGACACGAUGUUAAUGAUGUCUUAUUACAUUAAUUGUAAAUGAGUAAUCUCAAUGCAUAAAUACAAUUCACUCGACAGUUUCUCUUUGUGGCGCAUAUUCUGAACAGUUAUCAGAAACUAGUACAUGAUUAAGAAAAGUAACAAUAGAUACCAAGGGGAAAAGAUACUUUUGUGUCAGUCUUCUGUCAUGUAAUUUUUCGUAUCAUGUGUUAUACCUUAUUACAGUGUAUGCGUGCCCUAUUUAAGAAACUUUUAUACAACAUUUUAUUAUAUCUGAGUUUUAGUGAAAUUCUUAUCUCUGUAAAAAUUAACGUUUGUAAUUUCAUACGUUGAUGUAGAUUUUAAUUGUAAAUUUUCGCGAAUGUGCAACAAUGUAUUUCGUAUUUGUAUAUUGUAUUAAUAAUCCUUUCUUUUUUUAUGAGAUUGAAAAAUACUGUGACCUCUUUGGUAUCAAUAUGAUAGGAGAAACAGAAGAAUCGCUAAAAAUCAUGAUUAAUUCGAACGUGCGCUUAACAAAUUUUAUGUUAACGAAAACGUUCGUUGUCGUUUAUCGAAAAUGAAUAGAGAAUGUCUUAAUUCGUUUGUAAAGGAAUAAUUUUGUCUCUCUAUGUUGAAAUUCAUAUGCAUAAUAAAAAAUGUAUGUAAUUAAAA